GGCGGGCCGAGGCGGUUUCCUAGGCGACGGAGGAGGCUAAAUGCUUUACAGAGGGCUAGGCCUCACCUUUUAAACUCCAGUUCUUAGACUAGGCCUGUUAAGCUGAAAUGCUCAGAAAAUGAUCCAAACUGAUACUCAAAACCAAGUGGCUUCUGAUGAAAUUGUUAAAGAGCUGUGCACCUGUAAUGGACUGUCUUAUGAGAGAAUUGAGCAAGAGGGAUCAUCAGUGAAAAGCCUAGAGAUGUUUUUCUCAAGCUACCCAAAAAUAGUAGGCUUGUCAUAUUUUCCCAGUUUAACAAGGCUGACUCUUGUUAGGCAGAACAUCCAAGAGAUCUCUGACCUGGAGAACUGCCCGCUACUGAAAGAGCUAUGGGUGGCAGAGUGCUGCUUGACAAAAAUUGAUGGUUUGGAAAAAUGCGUUCUUCUGCAAAAGCUUUAUCUCUAUUGCAACAUGAUUUCAUCUAUUGGAAAUCUGGAGAAAUUAACAAAGCUGGAGGUUAUUUGGCUUAAUGGGAACCAGAUUAAAGAAAUAGAGGGGCUGAACACACUGCAGAAGCUGAAGGACCUCAAUCUGGCAGGAAAUCUCAUUAGUAAAAUAGGAUGUCGCUUAAACUCCAGUAGAAAAAUAGAAAAAUUAAACCUGUCUGGUAAUCAAAUCUCUUCUUUCAAGGAAAUUACCAAUCUGGCAAGGCUACCUCAUUUAACAGACCUGUGCCUGAAUGACCCCCAGUAUGAUCCCAACCCUGUCUGUCUUCUUCGCAAUUAUACAACACAUGUGCUGUAUCAUAUCCCUCAGCUUCAAAGGCUUGACACUUAUGAGGUAUCCUCCAAAGAGAUCAAGGAGCUGGCGGAGACUACAGUGAUGAAAAAAGUGAUGUACUACAACAUGCGUAUCAAGAACACUCACAGGCAGCUCAAUGAAGAACUCGAAAAGCUGAAAGAAAGGAAGAGUAAGUUGCAGAGGUUGCCAGAAGAUCGCAUUAAACAUUUCAGCUGCAACAUCAAGCAUCUGGAACGAGAACUAGAGGAACUUCAGGCAUCUGGCAAAAAGAAAGCUAGCAAAUCUGUUUCCAGCCAAGACUUUGAAUGUGAAAAGUCAGAUGGGGAAGCUGAGACUCCAGAUGAGGACCAGGAGAAAAACAGUCUUGAGCAGCAAAUUUUACAUAAACUGGACUCCCUGAAAAGAAGGAUAAACUUUUGGAACAAAAAAUUAGAGGAAAUUGAAGCUGUUUACCAAGUUGAAGUCAAGAAGAAGAAGAAAAACAGUAAUUUGGCAGUGCAGUUUUUGCUUACUGAAUUGGAAACAGUAGGAAAUGUACGCUUUGAAGAGGGCUCACCCACUGAUGCCUGGUUUAAUUCCUGCUAUGAGUUAAUUCUCUCCCGAUUUUGUGCCUGGGACUUCAAAGCAUACGGCAUCACAGGAUUGAAAGUAAAACGCGUCAUUAGGGUGCACAAUCGGAUCUUGAGGCUGAAAUUUGAGGAUAAGUUCCAGCGCUUUGUGGACCGAGAAGAUUUAACUGAGUCUAUGAACUACAGGAAGAUGCUGGAUUCUCUCUUCUAUAUCUCCCCUCCUGAAACGUCUUUGAAGAAAAAGCAGUUGAUCCAAAUUUUAGAGGAAGGCUUCCAAGAGACAAAAACAUCUCGGGGUGAUGAAGCAGUUCUGCUUACAAACAGCCUAAGUAUCUGCGAAUGUCCAAGAAUCGAGUAUUUGCAAAAACAAGCCAGAAGUAGAGGUGAACCAGAUGAUGUGUUCAGACAUGGGAAACUCAUAAUUUCAAAAGUCUUUCUUGGACACAGCACUCAAGCUCAUGAGACAGAUCCAGUCACCCAUAGCAGCUAUCCUGCAGUCAAUUCUGUGUUCAGGCCUUGCAGAUCCUCCCAAAAUUGCACCCGUACAUCCUGCAGUGGGAUUUUGGAUCAGCCAGAGAAACCAAAAAGUUCAGAGAUUUGCUCUUCUUUGAGUUUCAAGAACUGCAACUGCAACCUUCGAGAGUGUGAAUGGUUUCUGUUUGAUCACGAACUGGUUUUGCCAGAGUACGUCGUUGAGUUUGAGUACAUCACAUUGGUCAAAGUAGAGCCUCUAUUCUCAUCACUCAGCAACGUGAUCGGGGAAGAAGGAAAGAGAUACUCAGCAGGUUUUGUAUUGUCUCGGGAUCUGCAGCGUGAUGAGGAAGUUUUAAACAUGGAGCCUGCAAUUAAGCCCAGGCCCAAAAUUGUUUGCUUGGAUGAAAAAACUGUGUUAGCUGUUGCGAAGGCUAACAUUUACAGUCAGAUAAUGGUUCUGAACUUGCACGGAAAUAGACUGAGCAAACUCCGAGACAUCUCCAAGCUAACUGGACUUCGCAAGCUAAUUCUCAGUUUUAAUGCAUUCACUUGUUUAGAUGAUGUUUAUCACUUGCCAAACCUGGAAUAUUUUGAUGCCAGCCACAACCAUGUCAUCACUCUUGAGGGCAUUCGUGGCCUAAACAAACUGAAGUAUUUGGACCUGAGCUGGAACCAAUUGAAAAAGGCAGGAGAGGAAAUCAGCGUCCUGAGAAAACACACACCAGCCGUCCUCAGUUUGGAUAUCAGACAUAACCCAUGGCAUAAGCCAGCCUCUGUGCGGUUGAGAGUGAUUGGCCAGCUGAAGGCUUUGACACACCUUGAUGGAAUUCUCAUUACUGAGGAUGAGGCAGCAGCUGCAGUUCAGUUUAUGGCGGACUCAAAAAUCACUCAGGUGUCUCUAGUGGAGCAUUCACGGACAGACCAAGAAAAGCUGCGCGUACUUAGCAUCCUUCCUUAUGCCAAAAUCCUAAACCAGAUUAGCAAGAACAGAGUGGACUUGUUUCAGAACAACUGGUUUUCUAUGAUUACUGUGUUAGACCUGGAUGGACAACAUCUCUGUAAAAUCAGCAGUUUAGAAAAAUUGGAGAAUUUGAGGUGGGCAUCAUUUAGCAACAAUAAUCUCACUAAAAUAGAUGGGCUGGAGUGCUGCCGUAACCUGGAGGAGCUCACUGUAGAUGGGAACUGCAUCACAAACCUGGAGGGCAUUUCAAAACUCUCCAAACUCAAGCGACUCAGUGCCAACAACAAUCACCUCACCAUCCUGGACAGGAAUGUUUUUGAUAACCUAUCGCAUCUCCAUUACCUCUCUCUUGAGAACAACCGGAUCACAUCACUGGUGGGCUUGCAGAAAGCCUAUACGCUUAUUGAACUCUACAUAAGCAAUAAUUAUGUGUCUUCCAACCAAGAAAUAUAUCAGUUGAAGGGGCUAAAUAACCUGCUCAUCCUGGACAUGUACGGAAAUCUGAUUGUUUGGAAGCAGGAAAACUAUCGCCUCUUUGUUAUAUUUCAUAUUCCAUCUCUGAAAGCCUUGGAUGGCACUGCUGUGGAACCAACUGAAGUUGAAAAUGCUAAAGAUUUAUUUGGUGGCAAACUUAAUGCUGAUAUGGUUGCAGAAAGGCUGGGCCAUUCAAAUUUCAGCAAAAUGCAAGAAUUAAACUGGACAGCUUCCAUGAUCAGAGUGGUAGAUCUUGUUCCAGCAGAGCAGUUUAAAAACAUCACCAAUGUGAAUUUGCAGAACAAUAAUCUCACCUCUUUCAGUGGUUUGGUCUUACUCCCCAACAUCAGAGUUCUUUGCCUCAACUACAAUCACAUUGAGUCAAUCUUCCCAAGACCAAAACCUUCAAGCCACUUAACAAACAGGCAGCUGCUGUAUCAGAAAGUAUCUUCCAGUGGCUAUGGACAGCAAGGAGUUUCCAGUAGCAAUAAGGAUGCAGGAUUGAAUGAAAGUUUGCCCCCAAUAAUGGAAAGUCUAGAAGUUCUCCAUUUGGGCUACAAUGGAAUUACCAGUUUGGCUUUAUUACAGAUCAGCAGGCUAAAAAACCUGAAGUUUCUGUUUUUACAAGGCAAUGAGAUCUGCCAGAUUGAAGCCCUCGAUGGUCUGCACCUUUUACAGGAGUUGGUUCUAGAUCAUAACAAAGUGAAAACAAUCCAUGAGAAUUCCUUUGCCAAACUGAGUUCUCUGGUGGCCCUUCAUUUGGAGGAGAACAGGCUACGGGAGCUGAACAAUUUACAUCCUUUGGGAAAACUGCAGAAGCUUUUCCUUGGUCUUAAUAGAAUUCAGGUAGGGCAGAUUUGAUUUGAUUGUGUAAAAACAAGGUGUGGAACUAUUCAUUCUUGUUGCUGUUGCCCUUGUGUUGCUCUUUCUUUUUUGUUAAGAAGCAAUUCAGCCAUCAAGCCAUCAGCUGAAAGUUUUAUUUUACUGCUGUUUUACAAAGGUAUU